AUGGCCUCACUGCUGAAACUAUUUUUGACACUUGAACCAUCACUUCGUUUUUAUCUACGUUCACAACGUAUUGCUGAAAUCCAUGAAGCUUUAAUAUCAUCAUUACUUGUUUGUCAACCAGAUGAUCCAAUAUCAUGGUUAAUUAGUUGUCUUAUUGAAUUACAUUCAUUAUCACCAACAGCAAAAGUUAAUCUUAAUUGGGAUUAUUUUAUUCCUGAAAUUUAUCGACCAAUUAAUCGUCCAUAUAAUAUUGAAAGUUCAUUAAGUUAUGUUUUUGCUGUUUGUGAUGAUACAUUAGAACCAAAUGAAAGACAAAUACGAAUAGCUAUUGAACAUUAUAAAUAUCAUAUUCAACAAAAACUUUUUUCAGCAUGGCUUCGUUAUUAUCUUACACGAUUAGGUCAACAACGAUGGUUAGAAAAACGAGAACAAGCUGCUAAUGAAUAUUAUCGUGUACGAUUAUUAAAUAUUUAUUUUCGACAAUGGUCAUUAUGGGUUACUUAUCGUCUUGAACGACAAAAAGCAGCUGCAUGUCAUAUAAAUCAUUGUGCUGAAACUUAUCAAUUACGAAUUAUUCUUAAUGAAUGGAAUAUUGUUGCUCAACAAGCACGACGUACACGAGAUUAUUUUGAUCGUGUUGAACGAGGUGAAGAAAAUCAACAAUUUAAUGGUUUUCUUAGUCAUGGUGAAGCACGUGAUGAAUUAUCACUUCUUACACGAGAAGCUGCUGUUCGCAUACUUGCAUAUUUAGAUGUUGAGGAUUUAGCUCGAUGUGCUCAAGUAUGUCGAAAUUGGAAAAUGUUAACACAAUCAUCUAUGCUUUGGUCAAAACUUGAUUUACAUCGAACAAGUGAUGCACUUGAUGAUCGACUUGCUAUGCGUUUUAUACAACGAGCUCGACCUUAUUUACAACAUCUUAAUUUAAGACAAUGUUCUCGUAUUGGUCGAUUAACUUUUGUUGGUAUUAGUAGUUGUAAAAAUUUACAAGAUUUAAAUUUAAGUGAAUGUUCAGCAGUUAAUGAUGAAGCAAUUAGAAUCAUAACAACUGGUUGUCAUAUAUUACUUUAUUUAAAUUUAUCUCAUACAGAAGUGACAGAUCAAUCAUUUCGUAGUCUUGCACGUCAUUGUCAUUUUCUACAAUUUCUUAGUAUUGCUUAUUCACGUCAAUUUUCUGAUCGAGCUUUUCUUCAUAUAACAAAUGGACGAGGUUGUCGAAAAUUAGCUCAUUUAGAUGUUAGUGGAUGUAUACAAUUAACAUCAGUUGGAUUUGAUGCUAUGGCUGAAGCAUUUCGUGAUCUUGAAAAUUUAGUGAUGGAUGAUAUGAGUAAUUUAUCAGAUAAACAUAUGACUAAUUUAUGUAAACGAUUGAAUAAUUUAAAACAAAUAUCAAUGUGGUCAUCAGUUCGUCAACUUUCAGGAUUUGCAUUUAAACAAAUGAGUUUAUUAACACAAUUAACUACAAUUAAAUUUGAUUCAAAUAAAAUGAUUACUGAUGAUCAUCUUCGUCUUAUAUGUCGUUCAUGUACUGAAAUAUGUCAUUUAUCAAUAACUGAUUGUCCAACAUUAACUGAUAAUUGUAUGAAAGGAAUUAGUUCAUUAAAACAAUUACGUGUAUUAAAUAUGGCUGAUUGUUUAUUAAUAACAGAUACAGGUAUAAAAGCUUUAACAGAUGGACCAUGUACAUUACGUUUACGUGAACUUAAUUUAACAAAUUGUAUGCGUAUAAGUGAUGGUUCAAUGACAAAUUUAUCACGACGUUGUAAACGUUUAGCUUAUUUAAAAUUAUGUUAUUUAGAUCAAAUAUCUGAAAAUGGUUUAGAAUUAAUUGGACAAAUUGAUCAAUUAAUAUCAAUUGAUAUAACUGGUACACAAACAUCAGAUACAACAUUAAAAUCAUUAGGAAAUUCUGGUAAUUUACGUUCAGUAACAUUAUCAUCAUGUCGACAAAUAACAGAUUUAGGUUUAACAAAAUUUGCAACAUCAUGUACAAAUCUUGAAUAUUUAAAUUUAUCAUUUUGUACACAAUUAACUGAUAAUGCUAUACGUUCAAUGGCAUUUUGUUGUAAAUAUUUAACAACAUUAAAUAUAUGUUCAUGUUCAUUAUUAACUGAUAUGAGUUUACAAUAUUUAAGUGGUGUUUGUAAAUAUUUAUAUGAAAUUGAUAUAUCUUAUUGUCAAUUAAUAACAGAUAAAGGUUUAAAAUAUUUACGACGAAAUUCUCAUUAUCUUAAACGUAUUAUUCUUAUUGAAUGUCCAAAUAUAUCACGUGCUGCUAUUGAUAAACUUAUACUUAAAAUACCUUAUGUUCAAUAUCAUUAUACAAAUAAAUCAUCAGAACUUUCGAAAUAA